AUGUAAUUUCUUUUCAGCCGACAUUUUAAUUAGUUUAAAAUAUAAUUAUAAGUAUGAUUAAUUAAAAAUUUGAAAAAUAAUAAAAACAUGGAACUACAACAGUCAUACAAAUCAACAACGAACGUAAUGAAGUGGCGAGAGAUUGAUGCUAUACUGUGUAAACAAUUACUGGCGAUACAUUUUAACUGGCGUACAUGAUGGCGCCACAACAAACAUGCACGUGUAAACCCAGCAUAAUACCGGUGCCGGCAACUGCAACUAACUACGCUUGCGACAUUUUCAUUGGCGGAUGGUGUUGUUCCAGCCGAGCCGCCGCACCGGUGCACCGCCAUGUUUUAUAAUACAGUGAAGACAGUGAGUGCAGUCCCGUCCACAGUACUCAGUACAAUCACCAAGCGUCUAUUAAGCAUUAGCCUGAAUUCCAAGAUGCCCGUUAAAGUUGGAGAUACAGUGCCAAGCGUAGACUUGUUCGAAAAUACACCUGCCAACAAAGUUAACAUAUCAGAACUGUGCAAUGGAAAAACUGUUAUACUUUUUGCAGUUCCCGGAGCAUUCACUCCAGGCUGCUCGAAGACACAUUUGCCUGGUUAUGUUAAUACUGCUGCAGAUCUGAAAAGUAAAGGUGUAGAUGAAAUUGUUUGCGUUUCUGUGAAUGAUGCCUUUGUCAUGGCAGCUUGGGCUCAAGAUCAAAAAGCUGAAGGAAAAGUACGAUUAUUAGCUGAUCCUAAUGCAGAGCUCACAAAGGCCUUUGAUUUGGCCAUUGACUUGCCUCCAUUGGGCGGUACCCGUUCCAAGAGAUAUUCAAUGUUAAUCAAAAAUGGUAAAGUGGAACAAUUAAAUGUUGAGCCAGAUAACACUGGAUUGUCUUGUUCAUUAGCUAACAAAAUUGUUUUGUAAUGUAAUGUUAAUUUUAUUUUAUACUUUUUUUCAAAUUUAUUUAUAUAAAUCAUUUACAAAAAAUAGUGCUUUAACAAGAAAUAUACUAAUUUUUUUUGGUGCAAAAAUUAAAGAUACAUAUUAUACUAUUUAAAUUUAAAA